UUUUAGUACUCCUUUUAAGCAAAUUUUGCCUGCAAACAAUUUUACUGCAAAUUUUCUCAAGCUUUUAUAUAACCUGUGGGCUAUGGCGUCGUCAUGGUGUGCCAGCUCACAAUAGAAGCAAACAUAGCUAAGUUUUCUGAAGUGAUGGCGGAGGCAGAGCCCAAGAAGGCCGAGCCGCAGUCGAAGCCGGAGCCGGAGCCUUCCUCGGAAGCUCCGGCGGUGGCGGCUGAGCCGGUGGAGGCUCCGAAAGACGUGGCCGAGGAGAAAACCGUUGCUCCGCUGCCUCCCACUGAGAAGAAAGCUGAUGACUGCAAAGCCCUUGUCGUGGUUGAAAAGACAGCAGCUUCUGAGGAGAAAAAACCAGAGGGGGGCUCUAUCAACAGAGAUGCUGUUUUGGCUCGUGUGGCGACCGAGAAAAGACUCUCUCUGGUCAGAGCAUGGGAAGAAAGUGAGAAGUGUAAAGCUGAAAACAAGGCCCAAAAGGAAUUAUCUGCUAUUGGAGCUUGGGAGAAUAGCAAGAAAGCAAGUCUAGAGGCCGAGCUUAAAAAGAUCGAGGAGAAUCUGGAAAAAAAGAAAGCAAAAUAUAUCGAGGCAAUGAAGAACAAAAUUGCUCUCAUUCACAAGGAAGCCGAAGAAAAAAGGGCAAUAAUCGAAGCCAAACGAGGUGAAGAUCUUCUCAAAGCAGAAGAAACAGCUGCGAAAUACCGAGCCACAGGGACUGCUCCCAAGAACCUGCUCGGCUGCUUUUGAAGUCGGCUCAAAUUGAACAUGAAAUAGAAAGUUCCAAAAUUUGUAUUUAUUGGUUCAUAUGUAUUUGUGAGAGAUUGUGGUGAUUUGGUGUUAGGAUAAUUUUUUUGUUGCUCUCAUUUGCUAUGUUGUGUUUUGUGCAAACUCCAAAGUUGGUGGUGUAAUGUGUUAUUUGUUUGUAGAGAGAAAAACAUUAUGGAGUAUACUUGAUAAUUGUUAUUGUACAUGUUGCAAGAACAAAAAUAUCAGGUUUUUCAAGAGAUUUUUGAGAUUU